UUUGUUGUGCAUACUUAUUUUGUACUUGAAUUCAUGAUAUGUGGACAAGAAUACAGCAAUAAUUUAAAGACUGCAACCAAAAAAUGUAUUACACUUUGCUUUGCUGUCUGUUAAAAAUCUGAAUGAAUGAUAUCUUCCCGUUUUAAGGUCUGCUGUUUUGUACAUACAAACACAAUCUUGUGUGUGUGCGUGUGGUUUUCAAGAAAAAAGGAGGAGCUUCACCCUUGGAAAAGAGGAAGGGGAAGUGCAAGCCAUAAACACUAAAGACAGAGUUUACACUGACCAGAUCAUUCUUGUAGCAUUUGUGUUCUUUGCUCAUCAUUUUCACAAUAAUAAACAUCUAUGUGUACUCUUGUCUUCUGUCUGGUGAGUGUAUCUUUUUGUUUUCUGUCUUUUAAUUCAAAAUUUGUUUCAAUGUUAUGUACGUUCAUUGUACGUGCAGUUCAUUUAUAGUCUGCAUUAAACUAAAUUAUCAAGAAACUAAUUUUGGCUCUAGUAAAGCAAGAUGUGAGAAUGUACAUCUAUGUACGUUGUAAAUGUGAUAAAGCUUUUUUUCAUCUGACUUCCAAUUUCUCUGGGCAGGAAAUAUGUGGCAUUGAUAAUAACCCUACUGAUGUGUCUACUGAUACUGAUAUUGAUACGCACAAACCACCUUACACAUCAGUCUCGUCAGUCCCCAAGACAUAUACUGCAGUCAUCUUUUUGUCUCUGCAUGGUCCUGUGAGCUCUGAGUAUUGUGGAGAUGAAGCCUCUCAACAUAAAAGGACGUGUUGGGGAAAAUUUGACAAUCAAAUGCCACAACUGGAAUGUUUGGACAAAUGUAGAGGGAAAUACUAAGUACUUUUGUAAUAGUCCAUGCACACACCAAAAACACAUCAUCAUCACAGCAGCUUCUGGAAAAACUGUACAAGAGAAGAGAAUACAGAUAAAUAACAACAAAGAAAGUUUAUAUGUGACUUUCAUCAAGCUCCAAAAGUCAGACUCUAAGAAAUAUUAUUGUGGAGUGCAUAGACUCAACACUGAUCCUUUGAUAGAGGUGAAUCUUGAAGUCACAGAUGCUGAGUCUUCCAGGCACAGGACAACUUCAAGCUCAGAUUUCAUUAGUGAUACGUCCACAUCAUCUAUCAUCUAUUCUACAUCAACUACAACUUCAACGUCUUCAUCAACACAAGGAUCUGGAAAUGUAUUAUAUUUGAUUAUAUGUGUCACUGUUAUGAUAACCAUACUGAUGGUUCUACUGACACUUAUAAGGAAGAUGACAAGGAAACAACUGAAAAAAGAAGAAGAACGAGUGGAUGUUGGCGAAAUCAGACCUGGAAAUGGACAAUCUCUGAACCAGCCAGCAGUGAUCUCAACGUUCUACUACUCUGCAGACUCAGACGGUCUCUAUGCUAAUUAUACUGAAUUAGCAGCUGAGAGUGAUAAUAACUAUUCAAAAGAGUUUCCUUUAUAUCCAGCUUUCAGCUCUGGGGUCAAUUUUAAGGGGGCAUGUGCAGAGAGAAGAGUCACAGAUCCGCAGUGUGACAUUGUGUACUCUGUUAUUCAACUACCCAAAAAGCAAACUGAACACACUGGGCAAUCUGAACCAAACCAAUCUGAAUGCAAUGAAAACAACUCUCUCUAUUCCCUGGCUCAGCUACCAAAGACAAACUGAAUGUAGCUAGUGUAACUGAAAUUGAAUUGAAUGAUUCUGUUCAGUGACAGACUUGGAUGAAAUUCAACACUUAAAGCCACUAAAUACAGGAUUUAAACAUGACGUUUGGCUUCUGUUAGUUUUUUAUAGUGAGUGUCUUUAUAGUAUGUAUGGAUCAUUUUAUUAUUUACAACAAGCUGGCCUUAGAUUUGAGCCUUGCCUAAAGCAUCCUUUGGCAAGUCACCAGACUGGCACCUGCUCAGACUUUGUCAUUUGAUGGUCAGUUAUUGCCAUUGUCAGCUUUGUUGCUUAGUUAUUUUAUGCAACUAGAAUCAUGUUACAGGCACCCAGAUUGAGAGUGAGAGUGCACAAAGACUCAUUCUCACUCAAAUUAUGUUCAUGAAGGUCAGUGACCGAACUGAAAUGUGCCAGUGACCCUGCUGGUGACAUACUGUUCCAAAAGAAAAUUCUAAAUAUGUUUUAUGAAAUAUCCUACACAUGGUGAUCCUUAUCAUCGCAAGUACUUUACAUCUCUGGCUAAUUAAACACAUGAAUUUAUAUUUCUUUCUUUCUGUCUACUUCCUUUUUUGAAUGUGAUUUAGGCUGCUUUUUCUUGAACACAGACACGGACACACACACACACACACAUACACACACACACACAGUUAAACACCAUGCUUUAUUAUUAGUGUCGACAGGGGGUGGUGAGGUGAUGCACUGUUGCUAUCAUCAUGUAUCAAGUAGGUCGCAUUGAAGCUUCUUUGUACAUCAGACUGCAGUGGAGGACUUCCUUCCCCAAAGUGCCAUUAUACAGCCCACAACUGUUCUACUUUCACAACUCACACUGGACCAUUCAAUGCAACUCUAUUACUUUUCAAACGUGAGGCACUUUCAGCCCACUUGUUUUUUCUCUUUUUAAUAUCAAUGAUCCUCAGAUGUAUUCUAAUGUAAAUUUAAAGUUACUUGUGUAUUAUGAGCUUUUACUUCUACAAGAGUUAGCCCUGUUUGAAAAAUGUCCUCUUAAGGAUUCAUCAUUUAUUCAUGUGAUACAGUACAUUCAUUUUAGCAAGCUCAGUUUGAGAAGUGAAACUUUGAACAACUUGUGUGACCUAUCACAUUUGUAGGAUAGUGCAUAAAUGUUCUCAUACACAUGUGGAACUAAUAGUGAUUCUUUGCUUAGCUUUGUUUUUAUUCCGUAUUUUGUGAAAUAAUCUGUUUUUUUUUCUCUGUGUAAAGGGUGUGAUGCAAAUAAAGUUCUGAAAUAACCAAUUAAAUUUUUAUACUUGAUAAAAAUUAGGAUUUGUUGGUUAUAUGUAUUAAAGUUUCAUAUUGUUAUCCUCUGUUAUGUUUUGUAUUUUGCACAC